ACAUACAUAGCCAGAGGGGAUAUGAUGGAAUCUCAUCAGUUUCUUGUGGCCCUUUGCUGCUGCUCCUCUCUCUUCAUCCUUGCCUCUUCUCUCUCCUGCCCCCCGUCUCCCGCCGGUCACACUUUCUCCGUUGGCGGCAGUGGCGGUUGGUCCCUCCAGCCCUGCGACGGCUUGAACCGCUGGGCCCAAGGGCUUCGCUUCCAUGUCAAUGACACUCUUGUGUUCAAGUACAAGGAGGGAGAAGAUUCGGUUCUACUGGUGGAGAAAUGGGACUACUACCACUGCGUCAAGACGAGGCCAAUCCAGACCCUAAUAACUACCAGCCCUGGGAAUUCAUCAACAUUAUUCACCCUGACCAGGUCCGGGCAGUUCUACUUCAUCAGCGGGCACGCCGACAACUGCGCCAAGGGGCAGAGGCUCUCCGUCGUCGUCAUGUCCCCCGACCACCACUAUCCAAACCCCCCGCUGCCGCACGUCGUCGUCCCCUCUUCCGCUCCUUCUCCCGCCCGGAUCCCACCGUCGGUGAAUGUCCCGUCGCCUUCCGCUCCGCCCUCUGGUUCCCCGUCUCCCGCCCCGGCCCAGAAGGCGAAGUCCGGCGCCGUGGCGGUUGGUGGUGGUUCGUCUGCCGCCUUGGGGUUGGCGGUCGUCGCUGGGUUAGCUGUCCUGUUGCUGUUUUAAUUGUUAGUUAAUGAAAGGGCCGGCGUCACGUUUUUUGGUGCUUUGUUUUGCGUCGUCGAACGUUACGUUUCUUUAAUUAGUGGUUAAUUACUUGAGUAGUUGGAAAUAGGUGGUGUGUUUGUCGUCGUUUUCGCCCUUUCAUUCUGUCUUUACAUAUCAUUGUUACCUCGUCUUUUGUUUGCUGGGUUGUCUGAGUUGUUCUUUUAAUUACCAAUUGGACUGCUUAUUCAGAAUUGAAUUAAUCUUUUUAUUUGAAUUCGUAGUUUACUUGUAUCUAUAUUUCUCUGGAAAUUUAUUUUACUCUAUUUAAAUACUGCGGCAUGCAUGCAUGCAUGAGAAAGGAUAAUGUAUGUGCUUCUAUAAGAGUUUGGACGAGAGCCUGCAAUAAUUUAACUAAACUUGU